UGGUGGCGCCCACAGGCGCGCCCGCCGCACCCCCGACCAACGCAGCCCCACCCACAGCGCCCCCCCCGCACCUCAACCCCGAGAUCACGCCGCUCUCAGCCGCCCUGGCGCAGACAAUCGCCCAAGGAAUGGCGCCGCCUGUUUCCAUGGCGCAGGUGGCCGUGUCGGUGGCGCCCGUGGCCGUGUCCAUGACGCAGCCCCUGCCCGGCAUCACCAUGAGCCACGCCACCACCCCGAUGGUGUCCUACCCCAUCGCCAGUCAGAGCAUGAGGAUCACAACCCUGCCACACUGAGUAGAGUCUGGGCUGCGGUGUCCUAAAAGUUUUAAUUAAGAAGAACUUUUUUUUUUAAUUUAAUGUUUGUUUGUUUUUUUAUCUCUGCUGUUGACAAAGCACUGAUGAGUCGGUACUCAGACUUUCCAGCAGAGGGCAGAAUGAAUGCUUAUCUCUCUGUAAAUCCCAUCUUUGGCAACAUAAACAUUCUUUUCCUGCAGACUCACUGACUUGCGAAUCUGGCAAAGAAACGCGUACCACGGGGAUAUUUUCAUCCCCAAACGCCAGCAGACUUGAGGUAUGGGAAGUCUCCCAUAGUCUUUGAACCGCCACAGCGAGCCCGCUGUGAACACACACCACAGUACAAGCAAGUUGCAUUUAUAUUUUUGUGGAUAUUUUCUUUUGUGUAAAUUAACUUUGGUACUGUGCACAUUAAAAAAUAGGACAAAAACUUUAAUAACCACUUGACAGUGAGUCCCGUCUUGUAUUUCUUUUUGUACAGCAGCUGAGAGCUGGAGGGAAAGGCAAACAGAUUUGAUGCUCAUAAACAUCCUAUUGCUUCAGCCGUUUGGGUGGAGUCAUGUAGAAUAAGCGUGAAGAUAAUCUCUGUGUCUUCAAGAACUGCCUUGGUAUGCCUUUCUGCUUAAACAAACGGAGCAUUUGACCCUGGGUAACAGGUUUACCUCACAGACUAAAAUAACUCAUCACUCUGACAUUGCUAUAUAGAGCUGAAAGGGCUCUCUGUUGUAACUUUCAAGUUUUUACAGUAAUAUUUGGCUUAAGGUCUGAACGAUACAAAAGAAAUCCCCGGUGCAUUUUGGUUCAAAAUUGGCGUUAGUCCUGAUUUGAAAAUGGAAGAAAAAGCCUAGUCCGCCCCUUUCAGAUGGUUUGAGGAGAGCUGACAGCUUGGUACGGCCCUGUUAGCAUUAUUUGAGUGAUGGUUCUGUUAUUGGACUGGGUUAUAUUUCAAUAAAUGAUCUUGGGAAGUGCGCCUUGCCGCGGUAAUUGCGCAGAAAAAGCCACCGUGACGCAGCAGCCAAAACGUCAAAGAUGAUCCUUUUUUCUUUUUUUUUUCUGCUCCAAUGGGCGUGUUUUUCUCCGACUAACGGGACUGGGUGAGGCCCAGAACUGCAACUUCUCGUGGAGCCGUACCGAUUCCGUGUAGCUGCGACAGCUGAGCGCAGACAGGCAUGCGGUAAAACGCCUGAAGACGAUGCGACGUGGAGCAGCUGAGGCUCAGUGACGGAACCGGAGCCCUGUACGCGUUUGGUCCAACCCCUAGCCGGCGUUAGACAUGAAACUUUAAGCGUUCUCUAACUUUCGAGACAGUUUAAUCCGACCGUUUUUUGUUCUGUUUUUUUUUUUACCCCGUCCAGCGCUAUUCAUACCAUGUCUUCAGAAGACGCCACGAUGCAGAAUGAAAAAUCCGAACCGACCGAGUCCAAAGGCACCGAGAGUCCAAACGGCGCGCAGGACGCGGCGCUGUGCGCGCCGGGGGCCGGAGACCCGGGGGCCGGACACCCGGGGGCCGGACACCCGGGGUCUGGAGACCCAGGGGCCGGAGAGGACCGGCCCAAGGGCAUCAGCGCCGUGGCCGUGCUCUGGACCUUCGGCAAAUGCCUGGGGGCCCUGCUGCCCGUCUAUCUGGCCGGCUACUACCGGGUCAGCACCAGCCUGCUGGUGUGCGGUAUGAUGGUCUACACGGGAUGGAAACACGCCCGGGAGGCGAAGGAGGAGCGCCUCCGGUCCGCCAUCCAGAUGAUAAGCGACGAGGAAGAGCUCACGUUCAGAAAGGUGUCCAAAAUCAAGCGAGAUCUCCCUGCGUGGGUAAACUUUCCAGACGUUGAGAAGGUCGAGUGGCUAAAUAAGGUGCUGCAGCAGGUCUGGCCGUUCGUUGGCCAGUACCUGGAGAAGCUGCUGGUCGAAACCAUCGCUCCGUCAAUAAGAGCCUCCAGCGCCCACCUGCAGACCCUCAACUUCACCAAGGUGGACAUGGGAGACAAGGCUAUGAAAGUGGUGGGUAUCAAGGCCCACACAGAGAACGAUAAGGGACAAGUCCUGUUGGAUCUAUACAUCAGCUAUGUUGGUAACGUAGAGAUCAACGUUGAAGUGAAGAGAUACUUCUGCAAAGCUGGAGUCAAAGGAAUCCAGCUCCAUGGGAUGAUGCGUGUGAUUCUGGAGCCUCUUAUUGGAGAUGUGCCCAUAGUGGGGGCAGUUAGUAUGUUCUUCAUACGGCGGCCUAAACUGGACAUCAAUUGGACAGGACUGACCAAUUUGUUGGACAUCCCUGGACUGAAUGUCAUGUCCGACAGUAUGAUCAUGGAUGCCAUCGCCUCCUUCUUGGUGCUGCCCAACCGUCUGGUUGUCCCAUUGGUCCCUGGUCUGCACGUGUCUCACCUGCGCUCUCCUUUGCCCCGGGGUGUGGUGCGAAUCCACCUGCUGGAGGCACAGAAUCUGGCAGCCAAGGACAACUAUGUCAGGGGUGUGAUGGCCGGAUUAUCUGACCCCUACGCCAUAUUAAGGGUUGGCCCUCAGACCUUCACCUCCAAACACAUUGAUAACACAGACUCUCCUAAGUGGGAAGAGAUGUAUGAGGUCAUAGUCCAUGAAGUGCCUGGUCAGGAGUUGGAGGUGGAAGUUUAUGACAAAGACACAGACCAGGAUGAUUUCCUGGGAAGGACCAAACUGGAUUUGGGCAUCGUGAAGAAAUCCAUUGUUGUUGAUGAUUGGUUCACGUUGAAGGAUACACCAUCUGGACGGGUCCAUUUCAGACUGGAGUGGCUGGCCUUACUGCCCAGCACAGAUCAAUUAGAGCAGAUCCUAAAGAGGAAUGAGAGCGUCAUCACCAAGACUUCCGAUCCUCCAUCUUCUGCCAUUUUGGUUGUGUAUCUGGACAAGGCUGAGGCACUUCCCAUGAAGAAGGGAAAUAAAGAGCCCAAUCCAAUGGUGCAGAUGUCUGUGCAGGGCGUCACCAGAGAGAGCAAGACCUGUUACACAACCAUAAAUCCUGAGUGGGAAGAAGCUUUUACCUUCUUCAUUAAAGAUCCUCGCAAGCAUGAUAUAGAUAUUCAGGUGAAGGAUGCUGAUCGUGUGCAGACUUUGGGUAGCCUUACAAUCCCACUGUCCCGCCUCCUGGGGAACUCUUCUCUUUUUGUGGACCAAUGGUUCCAGUUGGAAAAUUCUGGAUCAGCCAGUCGCCUCUACGUAAAUGCAGUUCUCAGGAUGUUGUGGUUAGAUGAAGAACACAUUUCAUCUGAUGUCUCAUCGAGCCUGGAGGCUGGAGUGUCCAAACAGCUGGCCCAACAGACCUCCCCUCACCCCAGCUUUGCUACAGAGGGACUGCUGAGAAUUCACUUACUGGCAGGACAGAAUCUAGUUCCAAAAGAUAAUAUGAUGGGCGGCAUGGUGAAAGGCAAGAGCGACCCCUAUGUCAAGAUCAACAUCGGGGGUGAAACAUUCACAAGCAACGUUAUCAAGAGCAAUCUUAACCCCACCUGGAAUGAGAUGUAUGAGGUGAUUCUGACCCAGCUUCCAGGCCAGGAGCUGCACGUGGAGGUGUUUGAUAAAGACAUGGACAUGAAGGAUGACUUCAUGGGCAGGCUGAAGAUCAGCCUAAGGGACCUCAUUGAAUCUCAGUACACGGAUCAGUGGUACACUCUCAGCGAUGUGAAAUCUGGCCGAAUUCACUUUGUGCUGGAAUGGAUUCCAACAGCUUCAGAGCCAGACAGACUGGACCAGGUUCUUCAGUUCCACUCCAGGCAGACCUACCAAAACAAAGCAGUCCCUUCUGCAGGUCUACUCUUUGUGUAUGUCGAGCAAGCAGAAGGCUUACCAGUGAAAAAGAGUGGAAAGGAUCCCAAAGUAGGAGCAGAUAUAACUCUUGGAGAUGUUUCUCGUAAAACUACAGUGUGUGAUCGCACAACCUCACCCCGUUGGAAUGAGGCUUUCAGCUUCCCGGUUCGUGAUCCCAGAGAGGACAUUCUUGUAAUUAAGCUCUCUCACAGCUGGACUCUGCCCAUCGGUUCUCUAGUUAUUCCUAUUAGAGAACUUCUGUCAGAACCAGAGCUAUUCCUGGAUCAGUGGUUCCAUCUGGAUGGAGCUUCCCCAGAGAGUCAGAUCCUUUUGAGGACUGAACUCAAGUUGCUGAUUCCCAGCAAGUGUCCCGGUGCUGCAGAGAAGCCAAAGCACACUGUUGGGUCCGACUCAGCUACAGCUCAGCGCCAGAAGGAGACAGACACAGUACUCAAAUCCAGUUCAGUGGACACUCCACCUGUGGAGACAAUUGUCUCUUCAGUGACUCGGGAUGAAGAAGUUCUACAGAAAGAACCCGAGGCUGACGUGAAGGAAGAAAAAGUGGAAGAAUCACAGGCCCCGGCUAUAACCCAACCACCUCACACUUCCCCAGACCUGGGCUUUGCCAGUGAGGGACUCCUGAGAAUCAUCCUGCUGGAAGCCCAGAAUCUGGUUGCUAAAGAUAACAAGAUGGGCGGUAUGGUGAAGGGCAAGAGUGAUCCCUAUGCCAAGAUCAGUGUAGCACAGGUCCAGUUUAAGAGUAAUGUAGUCAAGGAGAAUCUCAGCCCAGUUUGGAAUGAGAUGUAUGAGGUGGUCAUGAGGCCUCAGCCAGGACAGGUGCUACAAGUGGAGCUGUAUGACAAAGAUAUGGAUAAAGAUGAUUUCCUGGGCAGGUUCAAAAUCAGUGUUUCAGACAUUAUCCAUUCCCAGUACACAGACCAGUGGUUCACCUUGAAUGAGGUAAAGUCUGGUCGUGUGCGUCUGAUACUGGAGUGGGUGCCAACAGUUUCCCAUACUGACACAUUGGACCAGGUGAUGCAGCUGCAGUCUCUCCAGUCUUACCAUAAUAAGGCUGUUACCUCUGCAGCGCUGCUCUUUGUUUAUGUGGACAGAGCUCACUCACUGCCUUUUAAGAAAAGUGGAAAGGAGCCCAAAGCUGGAGCUGAGCUUGUUUUUGGCAGCACAACUUACAGAACAAAGGUGUGUGAUCGCAACAGAACACCUCAGUGGGGUGAAGAUUUCUACUUCCUGGUUCGUGAACCCAAAGAGGAGAUGCUCAUAGUGAAGUUAUCCAGUGCAUGGGACCAACCAAUGGGAUCUCUGGUGCUUCCUGUACGAGAGCUUCUCACUGAGCCACAGCUGGUUCUGGACAAGUGGAUGCAUCUGGACGGGGCACUGGCUGAGAGUGAAAUCCUCCUCAGGGCUGAGCUCAAGAUCCUCAACACCCGUAUGACAGACGUCCCACAGCCAUCUGCAAGCAGUUCAAAGAGAGUUGAUACAAUCACCCCUACAGAAGACAAACUUGAAGUACAUAGUGAGGAAAAAAGCUCUGACCCGCCGACAGAUGAGUCUGCUGCAUUGCCAGAGCAGCACACAUCACCCGGAGCACCAGUAGCCGGGGCUGCUCCCACCCAACCAGCUGGCACUCUCUCAGCACAUGAAGAGAGCUUUCCUGAACCGGUGGAGGAACCCACAGAUGCGGAUGAGCCUCCCAUAUUCUCACAAACAGCUGUUGAAGCAAAGCCUGAACAACAUCAAGUCCAAACAGAGAAAACUGGCUUAGGCGGCCUCGCUCACGCAACCAUCACAGGACUUCCAACGGACACCACGGAGUCAGCGGAAGUCACAGAAGUGGGUCCGGUUCUUCCUACUCACUCAGAGCCAGGCCAGGCUUUCGGUAAAGAGGGGCUGUUGAGGAUUCACCUGCUGGAGGCUCAGAAUCUGGUUGCAAAGGACAACCUGAUGGGUGGCAUGGUGAAAGGCAAGAGUGAUCCCUACGUCAAGAUUGCUGUAGGACAGGUCGCGUUUAAAAGCCAUGUCAUCAAAGAGAAUCUAAACCCAACAUGGAAUGAGAUGUACGAGGUUGUUCUGAGUGGGCACAGUGACCUAACCAUCAAUUUUGAAGCAUUUGAUAAGGAUUUAGAUUCUGAUGACUUCCUUGGAAGAUUUAAUGUGACGCUAAAUGAGGUCAUCAGUUCACAGUACUCAGAUCAGUGGUUCACACUAAAGGAUGUCAAAUCUGGACGAGUUCACGUGAUUCUGGAGUGGGUUCCUACUGUGUCAAAUGCAGCCAGAGUGGAUCAGAUACUGCAGCUUCAGUCUCUCCAGUCCUAUCAGAACAAAGCUGUUCCCUCUGCUGCUCUCCUGUUUGUCUUCAUAGAGGCAGCGCAUUCUUUACCUUUAAAGAAGAGUGGGAAAGAGCCCAAAGCAGGAGCCGAGCUCAUAUUGGGUGAAACAACCUACAAAACCAAACUGUGUGAUCGCAGCACCAGUCCUCAAUGGAAUGAGUCCUUCUACUUUAUGGUCCAUGACCCGAAAAAAGAGAUGCUCUUGUCCAGCGGCUGGGACCAGCCAAUGGGAUCUCUUGUGGUCACUAUGAGGGAGCUGCUUGCAGAGCCACAGCUGGUCCUGGAUCAGUGGUUUUCUUUGGAUGGAGCCUUAGCUGACAGUCAGAUCCUGCUGAGGGCUGACCUCAAGGUAUUGGAUUCCAAAAUGGUGGAUAUGAUUGGUUCAGAGUCACUACCCUGUGCUGCUCCUGGCCCUGGAAACGGACAGGUGAAGAUGUCUCUUUCGUACGCCUCACGAGAGAGAAAGCUUGUUGUCAUCGUCCAUGCCUGCAGAGGUCUGUUGUCUCAAAGUAAAGAUGGUGUAGACAGCUACGUCUCUCUCAUGCUGCUGCCAGACAAAAGUAAGGCCACCAAGAGAAAGACAGCUGUGAGGAAAAGAGAGCUCAACCCACAAUUCAACGAAAGGUUUGAGUACGAUUUGACUGAGGAGGAGGCAAGAUUCAGGCGCCUCAGCGUAACGGUGAAAAACAACUCGGUGUCGUUCAGAAGCCGAGAUGCCAUUGGACAGGUGCAGAUCGAGUUGGGCCAGAUUGACCUGAAGUCUGGUGUUACACAGUGGUUCACUCUGACUGAUGAAGCUGAAUAGUUCCUCUGCUUGCCGAUCGUGUAUUCCGCUGAUGAGAAUGUCAUCAGUCCAUGUGGCGCUCUGCUGCUCCUCACACCGAUGCCUUCCUCUUUGCAUUCCUGCACUUCUGUGGCAGCUUCACCUGCAUCCAGCCCGCCCUCUGUGGAUCCACGUACACUUUGAAAAGUCCACUUUACCGUAUGCACAUGCACUCACCAAAGAUUAGUUGUUAUGAAAUGGCAGAGUCUAAGAGAGGAUUUUUGGAUGUGAUGAGAAAAAGGUUGAUUUACCGUGUGAGCAAAUCCAGUUUACAGGUGGAGUUGAGGAAGUGAAAAAAGAAUCAUGUCAGUGUUUGUUGCUUUGGUGUCCAGUUGCUGUAAGAAUGUUUGAAUCUGAGAUUUUUUUUAAGUUAAAAAGAUGAUGGAUUUUAGUUCGGUUGAUUUAAAUUUUGGUAUUGAUACCAUUUAAGUAUUUUUGGCCUUCUUUUAUGACAGACUUGCUGUGGAUUUUUCUAUGUCACACCACUUUAACUUGUUGCUCUGAUAAAUCAUUUUUGUACCUUUAUUUUUUACACUUAAGACAAAAAUAUCUUCACAUUUGUGUUUUAUUCGAUUUUGCUUACCUUUGCAAAGAUUGCUUUUCAGAUUUGAUGUUUGUUUAAAAAAAAAAUGGUAACAAAGAUGCAUUUUGCGCCUCUCAGAAGCAUUUGGAGUCUCUGUCAAAGUGAUGAUAUUUAAAAGGCUUAUUAAAGACAAUUUAAACUGA